UUCACUCGUGAGGCUCAUGAGUUGUUUUGCAUAUAGGACAAUUGAUAUUUUGAUAUAGCUAAUUUGAAUUAAAUUGACAAUUUGAAAUAAGAAAUAUAGAAAGUCAAUUAUGAAUGAAAGUUGUAUGAAUGAAAGUUUAAUCGAUGUUGGAGAUUUGAAAGUAGGCGCCCUUUUUACGUCUGCUCGCGACAGACGACAGAUGCACGAAGGUCAAAAGUAUUUUAAAAAUAAGUCCGUAUAGGCAUUGGCAGAUUCGCAUGGUAGUGAACGUUAAGGGACGGUGGCGUUGUAAUGGCAAAAAGUUUGCAAAAGGGUCGGGAUUGGAGAUAGACAAGAUGGACCAGCAGUAUUGCCUCCGGUGGAAUAAUCAUCCGGCCAACCUCACCGACGUCCUCAGCUCAUUGCUAGCGCGUGAAGCACUCUGCGACGUUACCCUGGCCUGUGUCGGCGAGACUUUCAAGGCGCACCAAACAAUACUAUCUGCAUGCAGUCCGUAUUUUGAAAACAUUUUCCUCCAAAACACACAUCCUCAUCCCAUCAUAUUCCUCAAGGAUGUCAACGACACGGAGAUGAAAGCAUUAUUACACUUUAUGUACAAAGGCGAGGUUAACGUGAGUCAGCAUCUGCUGCCCAUGUUCCUCAAGACCGCAGAAGCGUUACAGAUCAGAGGUCUCACGGAUAAUAGUGUAAAUAAUAAAUCGGAAGAAAAAAGUCCCUCGCCAGAGCCUGAAAUUCAAUCUAGUGUCAGGCACACCGAUUCCCCGAGUCUUCAGGCUCAUCCUGAGAAAAGGAAACGAAAGGUCUCGGGCAGCUACGAUGUAUCUCUCACUGGACCACCCAGUGAACGGUUCUUGUCAGAUUCUCAGGCAUCUUCUCAAUGUAGUUACAAAUCAAGUCCUACGGUGAUUCCAAAGUUAAAUAACGCUAUAGGAGGUGAUGUGGAAGAUGGUAGUCGACCUAUAUCUCCUGCGUCUCAACCUCAAGCCCCAAUUAAACAGGAAGUGGAUCAUCAUAUGCCUGACUUCCAUGAAAACAUUUCCCUCCCAGGUCAUCCGAUCGGAUUAUUAAAUCAGGAUGGAGGUCCAACGACAGGAACGCAAAAUGACAGUUUGCCGGAAACCGAAUCUUCAGAACACCACAACCCACCAGAAAUGCUCGACGGUCUUGAUGGUUCAAGAGCCUGGCACAUGCGGCUGACCUUUGACCGGGUGCCAGGCGGCUGCAACCUUCACAGGUGCAAGCUGUGCGGCAAGGUCGUGACGCACAUCAGGAACCACUAUCACGUCCACUUUCCUGGCAGGUUUGAAUGUCCUCUCUGUCGCGCCACGUACACGCGUAGCGACAACCUGCGCACACACUUUAAAUUCAAACACCCCGAAGCAAGAAAGAUCGAUCUUAACGAUUUCAUGGCCAGCUCCUUGGCCCUGUCCGCCUCGAAUAACGAUACAAUGAACACGCUCUCCUAAAGGGUCGGCAGCCGGCUCGCCCCCUCGCUCGAUCGCGAACCAAGUCAUCUCCGUUGUCUCGACGUCGACGUCGUCGUUCAGCCUCCUGUGUAGCCUCGAGCGAGAGUGCGACGCGCGGCCAGUCACUUAAUCAGUUUUUAAUGAACACCAAAUCGAUCUACGCUUAAAAAACAAAAGAGAUAUAGUGAGCGAAAGGAUAUGGUAGGCAGCCUUAUUUUUUCCAAUGGUUGUCGAGCGCAGUGUUGUAAGAGGAUCCUAUGUAUAAUAAAGUUUAGCAAGGUGUCAAAUAUAAAUGGGACUUAAUGUAAAAGAUUUUCACGGAAUUUUACACAAAAUGGGAGCAAACGUGGUGCCAAUUCCUCCCGCUGUUGCUGCAGAGUGGCGAGCUUACAAGCAACAGGAAACAUUAAUUAUUAAGUAACAUUAACAUUGCAUAAAUGGAAGUAAUUCAGGGUGAGUCGUAUAGUUGUUGAAAGUUUAUAGUUUUACUUCAUAUUAGACCUUUGUUUUCUCUUCAAAUGUGUUUAUGGAUUUUAUAUUGUUACCCAGAAUUUUAUGUAUACAUUAACCGAGAAGAUGCAACAUCGAAAGUCAACUCAUUUAAUGUCAACUUGUCAACUUGUCAAUGUUUCUUGUGUUGCAUUACGCGAAAUGAAAACUGUUAAAAUUGAACGAAAUUUUAGCAGAGAUUUUAGCAGUUUAGUAUCGAGGAUACGAUCGAUUGACAACGAACCCUAUUCCAUGUGUUAUUAUUUUAUAAUGCAUCAUCUCUAAUAUGAAAUCGAACUAUAUGAAACGCCUGUUACUUGUUACAGAACACUUAAAGUCUAUAAUUAUUACAAUUAAACUGCACACCGCAUAUGUAAUAAGCAAACAAAAAUUAAUUGGUGGAAAUUUCAAGAGACAUUCCACGAUCGGGACUUAAAAUGCAUAGGCAACGCAAUAUAAGAUCGAAUACUGUACUAAAAGUACUGUACUCAUGAGGAUGAUUUAUAGUACUAUAUUUUAUACUUUAUAUAUUCUACAGUUAUAUUCUAUAUUGGUUGGAGAUAGUUAUGUUUAAAAAACAAUUUUAUUCAAGGGAUGGUUUAAGAUAUUUUUUACGUCGUUGCACAUGGAUACUUGAUUGGUUGGGGUGCAAUCCAUUGUUUAUUGUUUCACUAGUGUGUUUUUUUUUUUUUAAUUUCUUUUUUCUCUAAGUGGAAACAAAAGUAUAAUCACACUUGCAUAUAGAGAUGUUUUUUUUAACAGAUAUACAGAUUCAAGAACACAAUUUAUAGUAACGAGUUUGCUAGCUAUUCAAAGAGCCAAAUCACGCUGAAUUGUGAUCACAUGAUAUUACCGCCUUUUUACGUUUCCUUUUACUUCGAAGGAAGGGGCCCUUUGCAUAGUUAUGACUAUACCCAAACAAUCAUAUACAUACCUAAUUUAAUAAUAUAUAAUCAGAAAUAUUAAUAUAUACUGCUGAUUCAGAUUCUUAUUAAUUAUUAUUAUUAUUAUUAUUAUUAUUAUUAUUAUUAUUAUAAAUAUUAUUAUUAUUAUAUUCUUAUUAAUAUUGAUUCGAGGUACCUACAUAUAAUAUAUUGGAUAAUUUAUUUUGUUUUACCGUUUUUCUGAUUUUAUAUAUGUGUUGUUACUGUUUCACCAGAGGAAAAGAAAAGCACUAUUCAGCGAUGCGCGCAUAUAUAUAAUUAUUUAUUGUACUAAACAAAGAAUUAAGAUGCAAGCCUAGCCCGAGUAGAUCGUUUUGCCAAUUUUGUCUCUCUGUUUUAUUUUCAUUUUUCUUUUUUUCUGUGUUUUUUUUUCUUUUUUUAAGAAACUGGAAUCUUUCUUAAAAUCUAUACAAUCCUAGAAACUUACCAAAUAUGAUAGUCCCAUAUUCUUUACUGAUUUUGCGUUGGACAUGUGUUCCAAUUGCGUUUCUACCGCUGAUUUUAAUGAAGUGGUCGAGUUCAUGUUCGCGCAGAAUCGCACACAUUGGUUCAACGUGAGUUGAUUUUAACCACUGCCAAUUUCCGGAAUUGUCCAGUCAAACGUCAAGCCACGCUGUUUACCACAUCCCAGUAAACCUCUAUGACAACCGUGCGGCUUUCGUUGAUCCUUUGGAUAACUCUAAUGAAUUUCUCUGUCGAGAAAUUGUAUGCUUGUAGCAAACGGAAAAUAUUAUUGGAAAUAAAUUUCAUUUUUACAUUUCUUCUUGAAACAAAGUCAAACUCAACAGGUGGCUAAAUUAAUUAAUUAUUCUAUUGGCAUUUUUUAAGCGGUAAAAACGCAUGCAAGUCAGGAAUUCUGUUCAAACGCAAUUAGAAUUAUCGUAAUAUACUUUCUUAUAUUAUACGCUCGCAUCUCUUUCACUCAAUUUUAUUUCUAGGAAUUUGAGUUAACCGCGAGAACAUGUUAUUUUAUUUUAUUGUUCUGAAUCAAUCUAUAAGUCUUUUAAAUUGUGCACUUUUAUCAUUAGUCCAACAAAUUUGAAAUUUGUAUAUGUCUACGAGGGGAAAAAUGAAUUCUUUUAAAAUCCAUUAGAAGAAACAAGUUUUAUUUGAAUGAUGCUAAUAAAAUUUAUCUCUAAGAUUCAAAUCCCAUCUUUUUGCAAUUAAGAAUAUUGUGCAUUGCAAAAUUUUUAAAUAACUUUUGUCAUUUAUAUUAAAUACGAUUUUUCUCUAAAAUUAUCAAUCAAUUUUUCUUCUUUUCUUUAAUUAUUAUCGUUAUUUAAUGUUUUGAUCUAAAAUUAUUAAAUGUAUACAUCGUAAAAAGUCUAUUCCAUUUUUUAUUCUAAUAUGUAAUUUUCAAAUUGUUACAUGGAAUUUUUAAUUCAUUUGGUUUUAUAAUAUUGAUAUUAUUAUUGAUGUGAUUCAUUUUUCUCCACAAAGCUGUCAUAAAUACAUUAAUGAAAUUCUCUGAAUAUUGUAAUUCAACUUUAAAUGGUCCAAAUGCAAAAGGUCUUUUUUUUAAUUAAAAAUUUUAUUUCUUUAAAGUUAGUUUUUAAUACAAAAUUGAUAAUGUAUUUGUGACAUUACCGAUAAUAUAAAAUAUUGUCUAUUUUUUUUAAAUAUAACCCUUUCCUUGCGAAGAUUGAUUUACUUUAUUAUGCUUAAAGAUUUUGAAAAAUCUUGCUUAAUGCUGUGAAGUAUAGGUUGUGCUGCAAAAUAAUUUCACUAGUGGUUUUGAAAGAUAUCUCUCACAUUAUUAUUGUUUUUUGUUUUUGUUUUUUUAUCUUUUUUGUGAUAAAGAGAGAAAACAUCUCGUUGAUGGAGUGAUAAAAUCGAAAAAAUUUACUUUCUUUUGAAAAGAAUUUGUUGAAAAGUGAGUCAAGUUUAGUAAAUAAACUAAAAGCGAUGAUAAUGUAAUUAUUCUCUUUUUAAUUUGUUGUUUGGAAGUUGUAUUUACAAAAAAUUUAAGUAUCUAUUUUAUUUUAAAUAGAUCAUUUUUAAAAAAUGUAAAAGCUGUGACUACAUAGCUUCACCCUACAACUUGUUGUCUACUUAACACUUUUUUCGCCCACAUGCCUAAACUUGCCAAAGUAAUAAUUAAUAAAUAUACAAAUUUUAGAUUACAAUCCUCGUUUCUCUGACUUAAAAUGUUUAUUCUAUCGUUAAAAAUUAUUUUAAUUAAAAUAAUAUUUAUCUCAACUCAAACUUUUAAAUAUUUUUAUCUAUUACAUAAAUUUUUCUGAAUCACAACUUACUUAAACUAAUAUUCAAAUAUCAGAGUUUUUCUAGGGAUAUCAAAUUGAGGCAAAAAAAUGUUUAAAAUUUUGAUAAAGGCAGAUGUGUUAAUAUUUUAAAUAAAUUUGUGUAUAUUUGUUAAUUGAUUAAAAAAAUAAAAAUUUUUUUGCAUUUUUAUUGCUCCUGACAAUCGAGACGAAAUGUGUAUCAGUUGAACACAAUUUGUGAUAAUUAUAGGAACGUUUUAACAAUUUUGAAAUUUUAACUUAAUAAUAAUACUAUUGUACGGAUUUUCACUUAAUAUUUAUCUGCAAAGAAAGAAUUGGCAAGUUCAAUAGAUCUUAAGGCAAAUACUUGUCACAAGAGUGUUGGAUGAGCGAGUAAUGAGUGGAAUAUGUAGGUAGGUGAAUUCGAGGGUGCGAAACGAGAGAAAAUUUUAUAAGAAAGAAAAGGCGGAGAAAGAGGGAGGGAGGAAAGUAAGGAGGAAGAGAAAAAGAGAGAAAUACUCGGCACACAGAUUUCACAAAGUGUAAUAAGAACACCUUGCUUCACACUGGUGGAGUUUUGUCGUCAGGCUGUUAUAUUGAAUUUUUUUCCUUAAUUAAAAUGAUUAAUACUACAUCAAUUACUAUAUAUUGCAAAAAUUAUUAUUAUUAUUAUUAUCAUUAUUAUUAUUACUAUUAUUAUUAUUAUUAUUAAUUACUAUGACUACUACUAUUACUACUACCUGCGUAUAAGUAUUUAUAUAUUUACAAUUGCGUGGUGUGGAGUGGAACAUUGUGAUAUAAUAGAUUGGUGCUAACACCUUAUUGAAAUUGAGAAGAAUUUAAAAAUAAAAAUUGUGCAAUAUCGCGAUAGUAAUGAAAUGAGGCGUUAUCAUUCAGUGGAUGAGUUGCGUUUGCCUAUGAAUGCUGUAAAAAUAAAAGAAGAGCGCGAGAGAAAUUUCUGCUAUUUUUGAUUGUCUUUUAUAAUCAACCUUUUUUUGAGUAAAUUUUUUAAACAUUAGAAUUUUCAAUUGUGAGAUAUGUGCGUUAUGGCUUCAUGCCCUUAAAUGUAGGCUUUUUCUUAAAAAAAAAUAUAUAUAUAUAAUAUAUAUAUGGUCCAAAUUAGUUUAUGUAAAAAUUGAAUCUUUGAGAAUUUGUUUGAGUAAAUUUCUGUGCCUUUUUUUGAUUACAUAUAUACUGUUAAAGUUAUACACCUUUUAUAAAAUAUUUUUUUUUUCAAAUUUAAACUGUGCGUGUUCGGGAAAGUCUUAUAGGAAUUAAUUAGCAUUUAGUGAAAUUUUAAACAAAAUAAUUCCAAUAAAUUUUUUUAAUAAAGUUUUCAUAAAACUUUUUUUCGAUAAUUAAUAAAACAGUUUGCAUUUUACCAUAUAUAUUUGAAAAAAGUUGAGUUUUAACAAAAUAGGUAUGUGGUUAACAAAAUAAAUAAAAUAAAUAAAGUAAAUAAAAUUAAAUGUAUAUUUUUUGCCAAUGAACAAAUUUUGUUGAACCAUUAAUCUUUCUCCAAAGAUUCGUUUAAGGUACUUAGAAAGAUGAAGUCUCUGAUGGAAAUUAGUCAAUUUGAAUUCGCACUGAGCUCAAUAUAUAUACAUAUAUAAAUAUGUUCUUUCUUACCUAUUAUAAGCGAAGGAUUUUUUUAAACCGAAAUUUAGAUAAUAAAAGUAAAAAGAAAAUAACUUUUUAAGCGACUGAAGGAAAAAUGAUAGAAAAGAAACGCAAUCGAAUGAAGUUAAAGAAGAAACUAUGGCUGUGCAAGAGAACAUUAUGAGAGUAGUUAGAUAGACGUAGGUGUUACCUAAGGAAUAGGCUUAGCUGAUAGAAAUAAGAGCAUGUUUUUUCAGACGUUUCUUUCUUAUACUAAAUAUUCCACUGAUUGAUAACGUCCCACUAUUUGUAUAUUAUUAAACUAAAUAAAUUUAAAAGAUGUAAUAUUAAUAUCUCUUUAUAUAAAAAGUAUAGCAAAUGCGGUUUCAUUAUGGAUAUAUAUGUAUAUACUUUAACAUAUAUGUAUAUAUCUAUCUUCAUAUAUUUAAAUAAAUAUAUAUAUAUAAAAAAAUUUUGUUAUUUUUGGGUGGGGGAAGUCUAUAUGUAUGUGUCAUUGUAAGGGUCUAUUCCUGCGACAUUAUACGUAUGGAAAUGUAAUGGUGUGUUCUCUAAAAAAUAUGUAUUUCAAAAAAAAAGUUUUUUCAUCAGCGGGCGCAUUAGACUGAAGUUGUGUGAUUUAUAAAUAAUACGAAAUAUCAAUUGCCUAUCUAAAUUUGGUACAUACAUAUAUUUAAAAAAUCUAUUCGUAUGCAUAUACUUGAGUAUGUGUGUAAAUACUAUAAAUAGUAAGAAAAUAGUCACUACUACAUUUUUCAAAAUAAAUUAAAUAUUUUUUUGCAUCUUUUGAAAUCACGCACACUAUUUUCCUUAAGAGCUUCUUCCUUGAAUUUCUUCUCUCUUCCCUUUAGAAUAUAAUUUAAGCAGUUGUUGCUGAUAAUUUUGUUUUCAAAGUUUUAACUCUUUUUUUCACUUCUCCCAUUUAGUCUCCUUUCAUCCUUUAUACACGUACAGAUACUUAUGCGUUUCUUAUACGCCGCUCUUAAUUUAUUGUUUACCCUAUAAUUGUUAUAUUUUUUUUCCUUUUACUGUUGUUACAAUCACACAGAGUAAACUGCGGCACUAUGUAUGGUAAUUCAUAAUCCAACUAUUAGAGUCUUAUGAAUAUAACGAUACGUUUGUACCAAAACAUUGUAAAAAAAACUGGUGAACUUUAGGGACUUUAUUGUAAGCGAGAAAGAAAGGGAAUGAAAAAGAGAAAAUGAAAGAUCUCUUGGUCUAGUAUAAAAUAAAUGAAUCAUUGAUUCAAUUGUUAUUAAUCGGAUAGUAGCUCGUGAAUUCUGAGUUUUUAUUCAGAAUCAACGAGGAUAAUAUUGCAACCAAUUGGAAAUUGUUUUUCAUACUUUGAAACAUAGUAUAUAUAUAUUAUAUUUAAAGAAAAAGAUGACUUUUCAUUUUGAAAGGGAAAUACAUAUAUAUACAAAAAAGGUUUUAAAUUUACAGUUUUACCAAUUAUUACAUCUAAUUUUGAGUUUAUUAUUAUUAUUAUUAUUCCUUAAUUAUAUUGUCUAACACGAAGGUUUUUAGUUUAUGAUUGCAUUAUGAUUAUAAUUGUAUACCUUAUUAUUAUUAUUAUUAUUAUUAUUAUUAUUAUUAUUAUUACUACACUAUUAUAUUCUUAUGUUAUUAAUAUAGUUUAUUAUUAUUAUUAUUAUUAUUAUUAUACACGUGUCUUUUUACAUUUAAUGUAUAGACAUUAUAAUAUGCGGACAAUGAAAAGUUUUAAAGAAAACAAAAAAAAUUAUUGCAAGAAUUAAUCAUAUGUGCAUUUAAUGUAUUUCGUACUAAUUUUUUGAUUAAACAUAAUUGUGUGUUAACCGA